CCCGCCCCCAGACUCCGCGGAACUUCCCGGAGGAGGGGGCGGGUGGGGCGCGGCAGGGUCAGCUGAGUGACAGUCACGGGACUACGACCAGCUCUGUCUGGCUUCCCGGAGGAGAAGGAAGGAUGAGCGGGGGUCUCCAAGUGUGGCAGGACAUGGAAAAGGAGCGAGAGGCUAUGCAGACCUGGAAAGAGCGCGUGGAGCAGGAACUGGACCGCGUGGUGGCUUUCUGGACGGAGCACUCUCACGACCAGGAGCAUGGGGGUUUCUUCACGUGCCUUGGUCGAGAUGGGCAGGUGUACGAUGACCUCAAGUAUGUUUGGCUGCAGGGGAGGCAGGUGUGGAUGUAUUGUCGCCUGUACCGAAAACUUGAGCGAUUCCGCAGCCCUGAACUUCUGGAUUCCGCCAAAGCAGGUGGCGAAUUUUUGCUACGUUAUGCCCGAGUGGCACCUCCUGGAAAGAAGUGUGCCUUUGUGCUGACGCGGGACGGCCGCCCGGUCAAGGUGCAGCGGACCAUCUUCAGCGAGUGUUUCUACACCAUGGCCAUGAACGAGCUGUGGCGGGUGACUGGGGAAGCGCGUUACCAGAAGGAAGCGGUGGAGAUGAUGGAGCAGAUCGCGUGCUGGGUGCGGGAGGACCCAUCAGGGCUGGGCCGUCCGCACCUCCCCGGAGCCCCGGCCUCUGAGUCCAUGGCGGUGCCCAUGAUGCUGCUCAACCUCGUGGACCAGCUCGGGGAGGCGGACGAGGAGCUGGCGGGCAACUACGCAGAGCUGGGGGACUGGUGUGUCCAGAGGAUUCUGCAGCACGUCCAGAGGGAUGGACAGGCUGUGCUGGAGAAUGUGUCCGAGGACGGUGAGGAGCUUUCUGGCUGCCUGGGGAGGCACCAGAACCCAGGCCACGCGCUGGAAGCUGGCUGGUUCCUGCUCCGUCACGCUGUCAGGAAGGGUGACCCCAAGCUCCGAGCCCACGUUAUCAACAAGUUCCUGUUGCUGCCCUUCCGCUCUGGCUGGGACCCUGACCACGGAGGCCUCUUCUACUUCCAGGAUGCUGACGGCCUCUGCCCCACCCAGCUGGAGUGGGCCAUGAAGCUCUGGUGGCCACACAGCGAAGCCAUGAUCGCCUUCCUCAUGGGCUACAGUGACAGCGGGGACCCUGCCUUGCUGCAUCUCUUCUACCAGGUGGCUGAAUACACCUUCCGCCAGUUUCGGGAUCCUGAGUACGGGGAAUGGUUCGGCUACUUGAACCAAGAGGGGAAAGUCGCUCUCACCAUCAAAGGGGGUCCUUUCAAAGGCUGCUUCCAUGUGCCGAGGUGCCUCGCCAUGUGCGAGGAGAUGCUGGGCGCCCUGCUGAGCCGCCUCCCCGUGGCCCCCGGUCCCAGCUCUGGCUCCCCUCCCGUCGUGCCCCCCGCCGUGCCCCCCGCCCGCCAAGGCGCGAAAUAAAACCGUGCGUGCUGCA